GGCCGGCCCUUUAUAGCGCCCGUCCCGCACCGCUGCUGCACCGCGCCUGGCUCCAUCCAGUCGAAUCAAAAGAAAACUUAAGAGAGGAACAAAGUGAGAACUUAAUGAUCAACAUGAAGUUACUCAUCUUUCUCACAAUAACUCUCGGCACAUUUGUCACAGGACUAGAUUCUGUUUACAUCAGGCAGUACUACAAGUUAUCACAUAAACACAGAUCAGAACGUAGAGAAUGCCACUGUCUGAAUGGUGGAACCUGCAUUAGCUAUCACUUCUUCAGCCAAAUUAAGCGUUGCCUGUGCCCAGAAGGAUACAGCGGGCAUCACUGUGAAAUAGACGCUACCAGCAAAUGCUACAGUGGGAAUGGGGAGAACUACAGAGGAAUGGCAGCAGAUCCAGGUUGUCUAUAUUGGGACCUUCCUUCAGUAACCAUGAGGGGUGAUUACCACGCUGAUUUGAAGAAUGCUAUGCAGCUUGGAUUGGGCAAACACAACUACUGCAGAAACCCAAAUGGAAGGAGCAGGCCCUGGUGCUACACCAAGAGGGGAUACGCCAUUCGAGAAACGCCCUGCCAUACCAUAGAGAAGUGUGAACGUACAUGUGGCCAAAGGAGCUUCAGCAAGUACUUCAAGAUUGUUGGUGGAAGCCAGGCUGAGGUUGAGUCUCAGCCUUGGAUAGCUGGCAUCUUCCAAAAUAUAAAGGGCACUGAUCAGUUUCUGUGUGGUGGCAGCCUCAUUGACCCGUGCUGGGUGCUUACAGCAGCACACUGUUUCUAUGAUCCGACAAAAAAACAACCAAACAAGUCAGUCUACAAAGUCUUCCUUGGAAAGUCCGUACUGAAUGCUACUGAUGAACAUGAACAAGUGUUCAUGGUGGAUGAAAUAAUCUCUCAUCCUGACUUUACAGAUUACACAGGAGGCAACGAUAAUGAUAUUGCUUUGAUAAGAAUAAGAACAGCUUCUGGACAGUGUGCAGUAGAAUCCAACUAUGUCAGAACAGUCUGCUUGCCAGAGAAGAACCUUAACCUGUACGACAAUACCCGCUGUGAAAUAGCUGGCUAUGGAAAACAGAAUUCUUAUGAUAUUUACUAUGCUCAAAGACUAAUGUCAGCCACUGUAAAUUUAAUAUCACAGGACUCUUGCAAAAAUAAAUACUAUGACAAUAUCAGAGUUACUGACAACAUGGUCUGUGCUGGAGACUUAGCAUGGGAAACAGAUGCAUGCAAGGGAGAUUCUGGCGGCCCCAUGGUCUGUGAGCACAAUGGCAGGAUGACGCUUUAUGGGAUUGUCAGCUGGGGAGAUGGCUGUGCAAAGAAAAACAAGCCUGGCGUUUACACCAGAGUUACUCGCUACCUUAGCUGGAUUGACUCUAAUAUGAAUGCAGUGGUUACCAAAAGUCGUUUUUUCCCUGAACCGAAGUGAUCACUUGCGUACUUCUGGGCCCAAAUGACAGUAAGACUGUGGUGAUGCCAGGGCACCAAAGGCCCGAAUGUCAGAGUUUUUGCUUUUAACUGAUCACGUAGUUUGCCACUACAGUGUUUCUGAUGCAGAAGUUGAUAUUAUCUCACUACUCUUAAUUACUGAAAACCACUCAAUGGGAAUCUAAAAAUAUUUAACAUUUAAAUGAGUAUUCCCAUGCACAAUACUGUACAUAUCAAGUUAACUGUCCACUUAAUUUAUGAACUGGCAUUUGUUCUGGAAGUAUUGGUGAAGCUUUAACGUACUUCACUUGUGCAUUUUGUAUACAGUAUCUAACAUCUUUCCCCAUCACUCCGAACAAUGUGGAAUGAUAGGAAAUCUAACCUGUGAAGACCAGUAUUGAGAAUGUGAACAGGGUUUGCAUCAGAAUGUGCAAGAAACUGCAUCAGCCUUGAUUACCAUUAAUGUGUGAAGGACUAAGUCCACUCUGACUGAAAAAGCACUUGUUAUACAGGACUCGUUCCUCAUCCAGUCCAGUAUUUCAGUGAAUACUAAAGUCUUAAGGAUGGCAACGGCAGCUGUGCUAGCAUUUAAAAACUCUUGAGGUAUUCUACUGAAGAACUACGCUGAGGAAGGAAAACUAGAUAAUGUGACUGUACUUCCAGGUCCUAUCUGAAGGAGCCUGGGUUCCCUUAGAAGUCUGACGGUACCAUUUUUCUCCAUUACCUAUGCAACCUGGAGAAGAGCUAAGGAUUCAGCAUGCACUGGGUGCUGGAGAUGCUGAAAGUCAGAACAAAAGUCAGAAAUUUAUUUCCAUUCAUUUAACUGAUAUGAUAUGGAAACUGUUUUUUUCCCCUCAAGGCUUCUGAUUUUAUUUUUAAACUUGUUUGUUUUAUAGAUAGAAUUAUUUGCAAGAGGGCUGGAACCUCAUAUUUUAUUGAAUUAUUUUUACUAUGUUUAACUUAUUAUUUGUAUUAUAUAUGUAAAACUAUCAAUAAAACUAUUAUUCUUA